CCCCACCCAGCCCAUAACUGCAUCGCCCCACACUCUCUAGACUUACAUCUGCCACAGUUGUCCCCACACUUUGCUUACAACCGCAGCCAUGGCGAAUUCCAAACAACUAACCGAACAGAACCAAAAAGACGCUGCCGCCAUUGCUGCCAUCUCCUCCAUGGCCAGUCCCACCUCGCAGCGGGUGCUCGUCGCCGUUCGCAUCCGCCCGCCAACAAUCGACCGCAAAUCCCCGCAAAAAUUCGCCACAAACCUCACCUACGACCCAACCGCCUCCUGCAUCACCUACACGCCCUCCACCGUCGCGAUCCAAUGGCCUUCCAAAGCGCCCGCCUCCCCAGCAUCAGCAAUGUCCCCGACAUCGCCAUCCCGGGGCGCGUCGGCGGUGACGAGUCCGACGCCCGCGGGGGGAGCGAAUAAGACGGACCCGAAGAAGUUUAAUUUUGAUUCGGUGUUGGGGUACGAGGAGGGGCAGGGGGUGGUGUAUGAGAAGGUUGUUGAGCCGCUGAUUCGGAAAUGUUUGGAGGGGUACAAUGGGUGUGUGUUUUGCUAUGGUCAAACAGCCAGUGGCAAAACCUACACAAUGGAGGGCCCCAAAAAAGGCCCCUCCCUAGAACCGCCCACCGACCCGUCCGACGCCGACACGGGCAUCAUCAUGCGCGUAGCGUCCCAGAUCAUGCAGCACGUCGCGGACGCCGCCAAAUCGAAGGAUAAGGAAAAAGCGGAGCUGGAGUACUUCAUCAAGGCUAGCUAUUUGGAGAUCUACCAGGAGGGGUUGACGGAUUUGUUGGUCGGGAGGGACGAGCAGGGCGACCUGAAGAUCCGACAGGACCCGGAAUCGACGACGGGGCGGGAUCUGUAUAUAUCGGGGAUCACGGAGCGGUCGGUGACCUCUGUGCAGGAGUUUAGUAAAGUGAUGCAGAUUGGGGGGCGGCAUCGGACGGUUGGGGAGACGAAUAUGAAUGAGGUCUCAUCCCGCUCGCACGCCGUCCUAACAAUAAUCAUCGAAGAACGCCGCAAAACCCACGCGGGCAUGUCCUCCGAAGAAGCCGCCAUGCUCGCCAAGCACGGCAAAAAGCGCUCCAAGAUCCACCUGAUCGACCUCGCCGGGUCCGAGCGAGCGAACGCGACGGGGGCGACGGGGGAUAGAUUGAAGGAAGGCUCGGCGAUCAAUCAGAGCUUGAGCUGUUUGGGGAACGUCAUCAAUGCGUUGACGACCAGUACGAAGCAUGUGCCGUAUCGGGAUUCGAAGCUGACUUAUUUGUUGAGUGAUAGUUUGGGUGGAAAUUCGUUGACGCUCAUGAUCACAUGUGUCACCCCGACGCUCGUCAACUACGAUGAGUCCCUCUCGACCCUCCGCUUCGCCGAACGGGUCAAGAAAGUCAAAAACGCCGCCAAAGUCAACGUCGACGCCACCAUGAUGCGCAUCAUGAUGCUCGAAGCCGAGAUCCGCGAGCUGCGUGCCGCGCUCUCCCAAUGCAAAUGCGGGGCGGCAUCCCAACUAGGCGGACGCGCAAGUACCACAGACAAAGUCCCGUGGUGGCGGAGGGUGUUUGGAUGCGGGUGUGCCGCCGGUGGGGGUGGAACGGCAAGGAGUGGGGGGAAAGUAGCGCCGGUGGAGCGCGGGAUUGUUUCGUCCAGGGGCGAGGAUCAGGGCAGUGAGACGGUGUUGAAGAGCGUUAAGGGGAAGUUGUCAUUUGCGUAGGACAUAGAAGCGCCAAUUGAGUGGGACGGGGGAGAAGAAACAUGAUUACCUUGCGUGUUGGCCCAAUCUGGUGUAACUAAAAGCCUACUAUUUGUUUGGACCGGCAUGAUGAAUAUACAUAGAGUGAAAC